CUUGAGUAGCUCCGCCUAACUGCUGGCAGCGCAUGCGCAGCUUUCCUCCGCGCCGCCGUUGGCGAGCAGCAUUGUGGGGCCGGCGGGGCGCAAGAUGGCGGCGGUGCUGCAGGCGGCGUCUCGUCAGGUGAGGGUCGCGGUCGCGCGUGUUUCCUCCUGGGGGGCCGCCCUUUCCCCCGCGCCGGGGGGGUGGCCUUGGCUGCGGGUUGUCAAGUUUCAGCCCCUCAGAGACGGAGCCGCGCCUGGCGGGUGUUUAGCAAACGGGUUGUUUUGUGCGCCGCCUUUCUCCCGAGAGGGGCUCGAGGCGGCUGACAGAUUGGGAACCUGGAAAAGGCGACAAUUAGAAAGCACAGAGAGUUUGGCGCCAUGAGCCCCGUCCUUUCCAGGCCUGUGCUGGGGGGGGGUGCGGGGUGAAGGACACGAGCGUCUCAUUUCGCUUGGGGAGGUGUCAGCUGCUGUGUUUCAGGUUGGUGGAGGUUGGCCUUGGGGGACAGAAAGCCGGGAUUUCGUCCCGUGAGUUAUUGGGCCCCAAACAGAAGCCCACACUAAAGUCUGUCUCUCCCCCCUCCCAGAAUAAACUCAGGAAUGUAAAUAGUCUUUUGCUUAGUUGCCUGUAGGAAAUAUUGUACUGUAGUGCCUUCUGCUAGCCAGGCAUUUAUUCCCCGUGAGUCACCCCAUCAGGGUGCUACAAAUUACACACAAUUGCGUCUCCAGGUGGGUAGGCUAGUAAAUUAUUUGUGGGCUCACACUUUCGUGGUCUUUCCCUCCCAAGGCUAAAUCUGGAAAAACGUUUGUCAGCAAAUCAGAUAAAAGUAUAAUUAGAUCUUUUAAAAGAACAGAUGCACUGAUGGAUAUCUGGACGCUUGCAACUGAUUACUUGCACAAAAUGUACCACACUUUGACCCCGAUUUAUUUUUGUUAUAAUAAUAGAUCUUCCGCAUACCAUGUGUUGGACAAGUAAGGGGUUAUUAUGUUGACUGGAGGAUGGUACGUGAUGUUAAGAGAAGGAAGAUGGCUUUUGAAUAUGCAGAUCAGAGGCUGCGGCUGAAUUCCCUUAGGAAAAACAAAAUUUUGCCCAAAGAACUCCAGGUAAGAUGAAAAUACUGUUUUAAGAUAUUCUUGAUUGUAGCAAUGAACCAGGCAUCCCCUCCCCAUCUACAUCACAUAUUCAGAAAUAUAUUUUAUUUCAGUAUGAUAUAACCAUUGUAGGUUAUGAACAGGUUAUGAACAGAAUCAUCUCCUGAUUCAUUUCCCACAGUACAUCCAUUGCUUUUACAUACUUUUUUAGUCAUUGGUUUACCCAAUUUCUAUUCUUUCCAGGACCUAAGAGUCCACUAAGCAAAUAAUAGUAUGGAAGAAGGUAGCCAGUUGUGUGCAGUUACAGUAUUACACUGAGGAUCAGUUUGGAAUCCUGUAAUUUUGUUUUAAGUUAUUGUGUCUUUAUUGUGGUGGGUUCCCGGAAGUGGCAUCUAUUAUGCAUUUAAAACCUUUCUCAUUGUGUCCUUCAAUUAAAAAUUCCAGGCAGUUUUUUACUGGUUAUUCUGUUCCAGACUGUACUCUUUCUUAAAUUUAAAAGGCAUAACGAAAGCUCUUUUGUUUUCUAUACGCCUAAGAUUGCUUUUCACUUUCCCAUUUCUGAAGCGGCUUCUCUCUUCAGUUUUGCAACCCUGCUUUGCUCUCGUUUUUACCUUCGCCCCAUGUCCAUGCUUCUUCCCUCUCCUUUUGUGCAAGCAGCCUUGCACACAAACUUCCCACACAGUAACAUCCUGAAUCUACCUCCACCUACACAUUGCAACUAUGCACGCUUUUCAUCUUCUGCCCAGGUAUGAAGCCACCAUCCCUUUCAUCUUCCACCCUAUUCCCACGCCUCCUACUCCCUCUUUUUUCGCAAACCCCCUUGCACCCCCAAUUUCAUCUUCACUCCCUUUUCCCCCUCCAUAUUUCCUCAUUUUUCUCAACUCUCCCUUGCAAAAAAAUUAAGAAAAUACGAGGAUCGCUUGAAGGAGUUGGUUAUGUUUAGCCUGGAAAAGAAGAGACUGAGAUAGCCAUUUUCUUAAGGGCUGUCACAUGGAAGUUGGAGCAAGCUUAUUUUCUCCUGCUCUGGAGGGUAGAACUCGAGGCAAUGGCUUCAAGUUACAAGAAAGGAGAUUCAGACUAAACAUUUGGAAAAACUUUCUGACAGUAAGAGGAGUUCAGUAGUGGAACAGAUUCGAGACACAUGUUAUUUUUGCCUGUGAGUUUGCAGAUUCCUACCUGGGGGAAUUGAAGCUUUGAUUUGUCACAACCAUAGUGGUUGUAAAACUGUUGUUGCUGUCACAUUUCCUUCCUGUGUUGCUAAACUUUUAAGAGACAGUGUCCUUGUGAAUGAUAUAUACUACAUGUGUCUCCCAAUUUACACAGGGGUUACAUUCUGGACCUCUGUAUGAGUCAGUGAAAUGUGCCUAAAUGGGAAGCACCUUAGAAAAUCCUAGUGGCUUGCAAGGAGACCCUCCCCACAGCCCAAAGAGGAUGUCCUCUUCAGGCUCUGCAAAGGGUCUCCUCGCUAGUCACUAGGACUCUCUAUGGUCUCCCCAUUUCCAGGUUUCGGCAGAUUGAAUGCCAAUAGAUGGUGUGUAAAUGGGGUGCUGCCUGUAGUAGCUCCAGGACUACCGAUGGGCAUUACCACUGUUUUUAUUUGUUCCAGGAAGUGGCUGAAAAAGAGGUUGCUGCCCUUCCCCGGGACACCUGCCCGGCGAGGAUCCGUAAUCGAUGUGUUCUGACAUCCCGUGCACGAGCUGUAGUGUGGCGAUGGAGGUUAAGCCGAAUUGUCUUCCGCCAUCUGGCUGACCAUGCACAGCUCUCUGGAGUACAGAGAGCAAUAUGGUGAGCCACCACCAACAAGGCUUUUCUUCAAAAAAGACAAAACUGAGUUCUAUUUCAACUCCUAGGAUGAAUUAAAGACACGUUAUAUAACUUGCAGCAUGUAAGGAGUGGGGGGGGGGGGAUAGACCCAUUGGUAGAAGACCCUUAGCUAGAAGGGGGCAACCUUGUUUAAUUUUGUCAAACCUGCCACACUUGCUCCUCUUGUACAUUUAAAAAUGACAUGGAAAAAUAAAACAGUCCCACGCUUGGAUUUUGUUUGUCCUUUGCGUUUAAGGUUUGAUAUAUAACAUUACAUUGUUGCAGGGUGUAUAUUGCUAGCAAAUCUGAAAAUAUCACAUAGACACAGAAUUCAGAUACACUACAUAGUUACUACAUAUAUUUUCUUCCUGACUAAACUGCUAAAUGGAUCGGUGCAGCUCUCACUGCCGCUAGAUGGAGUGCAUGGUCCAAAAACAAUGGCUAGGAUCAUGAGGGUUUAAGUAAAUAUAGUUAUCCUAUAUUUUGCAAUUCCUGUUGGUGGGUCUAGGACCUCAAGGUCCUGUUAUUUUGACUAUUGCAAUAAUUACAUUACAGCCUGUUCAGUCCAUCGCUGUCCUCACUGAAUAUCUCCAUAAGGACAGAUUGGCACAAAUCCUCAUCAGCACAGAGGAGGAAGCCAGAGUGAAACAUCAAUUACCCUGCCCCCUGGAGCCUCCCAGCAAUGUACUUAACAGUCCUAUUACAUGCUAGUUAAUCUGCAUGUUUCAAUAGUGCUCUUGAAAUGGGCACCAUCAAUCUCUGAGAAAAGUAUAUGAAGCUUUCUGUUUCCCUUGUCUGUACAUACAGAUUACGCAUACAUGCCCUGAAACCUAUUUCCUCAAUGGUUAGAAGUGAAAGUUUCUUAUACAGAACUUGGGCAGGUGUGGGUAGUAAGUAGAUGUUGAUUUCAGACAACAGACAGUUGCACUCAAACUAGCUUACUUAUUUUUAUCAAUUUCACAAAAAGCACUUAAAGCUUUAUGGAAAAAGGGCAACACAUUUGAAGGAAAAGCCUUUCUGCAUGCUUUAUUUCCCAUCUCCAAUCUGAAAUGUAAAACUUGUUUUUACGCAGAAGAUUAUGUAAACAGCACACUUUCUCUGAUCUCAGCAGAAGCCCCAUACAAAAGAUGUACAUUUAAGAUGGGUAUUUGUUCAAAUAUCUAUUGGUAAAUCAUCUUUGACUUGCUUUUCUCGGCUCUCAACCCAGGCUUUGUUAAUUGACCUCUUCAUUUCAUCAUCGCCUUCAGCAUACAUCUUUUUCAGGAGAUUCAUCAACCCUUCACUCGGGUCCGAGGUGUCAUAAGCAGCUUUCCUAGAGCAUACAAGCAUACAGAAAAUAAUUACAUCACCAGUUACACACAAAGUUUGGUAUGCAUUAAGAUUUAAAUACGUACAAGUAAGCAAACAGUAAAAUAAUGAGAGCUCCAAUCCUAAACCUGUUUACCUGAAAGUUUUAUUAAAAAUCAGUGGAACAUAUACAGAGGGAUUGUUAGGAUUAGACUAAAAGCAACUGGCUGGGAGAGAUGAAGCCUGGAUAACUUUCAAUUACUGUCUUGUUUCUCCCCACUUCUGCUUACAAGCCUCCCAACUCCCAAAUAUGAAUCUGUGCCCUCCCUUAUAAUCAAAAUACACAUGUUAAAAGUACAUAGAUCAGACCUCUCAGGGAGUAAGAGGUGGGAACAUGAAAACGUACAGACAUUAAACCUGUCACUUGCACUUACUAUUCCUUCUGCAUUACACCACACCUGCAGCCACUCUGGUAAACUAUCCAUAUAUCCCCAGGAAGCUUGUUUUGUAUAUUGAGAACCUUGGGCUUUGCUACAGGACAAAUUAGUUCCUGAACAUCUGGCAUUCAAUGUAGUAUUAAUUCCAGAAAGUGACAUGGCCCUUUUGUGCAGCAAAACAAGCAACCAGGUUUUGCAUAUAUUUAGUGGAAUAUUAAGUAUUCGUGUUCUUGUAAGGACACAGGGAAGAUUUCAUUAAAAAUACUGUGGCCUAUUUCAGGUAUGAGUAGCAAGAACCACCAGUAGGAAAAAACGGUUUCUGCAAUAAAUGUUACAAGCAAAGAUUAAAAGCUCAUUGUGUUGCAGUUUAGAAAGACAUGGAAUUGAGCCAUCUUAGCCCAGCGGUUCCAUCGAAAAACGCAUAGCUUGGAUCCUGCAAUCGCCCACAGGCAGCAGUUUGAAACCUGAGGGCGCUGACUGGCUUUAAAAAAAAAAAAAAAAUUUAAGACAUGGAAUUGAAUUCUAUUAUGAAAAUGAACAAGUUCUAAAUAAGAUGAUCUGGCAGAGCAGACUUAAAGAGAUGCCUAUCAGGAAUACUCAGCAGACAAGAUUAUUGAAGUGGCACAAUUUGAGCCACUAAUAAUGGAACCUGGAUUAGACUUUUGCCUCAAAGUCUUUUGAUUGCCACAACUGGCAACACCACGACAGUAACUCUCAGCAUCUAACACCAGCUCAACUGACAAAUAUUUUGAAUGGAUCAACACCACUUUGGGUUAACAAGCCUAAUCUGCAAGUCCUUUUUUUCUACCAAACGCAUUGCAACAGAAGAAGAAACAGAGGUGCACUUACUCCUUCUCCUUAGUCUCUUUUUCAACUUGUGUUAGGCACUCCCAUUUUUCCUCUUGCUUUUUCCUACAUAAUAUCAAUAUCAUAUCUGUUUUGAUCUGCAAAAAUAAGAAAAGUGAAACUAGGUGGCAGAAUUACCGAACAGGCCAAGUAUCAAUAACUUUAUUUUUAAUAGUAUUUAAAGAAUGACAAUUCAAUUAUGUGAGUUAAAAUAUAGAAUAUGGACAACGGGCAGCAACAACAAAAAAGGGGCAAAAUGAACAGGAGAGAUGGUGUUGUAUGAACAAUUUUCGCUCACAUGUAAAGUAUAAAAUAGACUAAUCCUGUGCAACACUUUUGCCAGCCAAAGCCACCCACUGAAUUUGUUGUGAAACAUUCAGAAUGGGGCUCGUGUUAGCAGUAUGUUCGUUGUCAGUAAUUUAAGACAAGGUAAUUGUUUUCACCAAUCUGAACAUUUUUUUGCGUUAAUUCUUUACACAAAUCUCAGAAUAAAUGCUCUCUUAUAUACAAAUGUUGUUUCUCUACUAGACAGGUCACAUGAUUGUAAUUUGUAGGUUGCAAGAUACAGUAUGUGCAUUCUCUUGGGUGCAGCAAAAAUUUCUUUCAGCUGCACCCAAGAGAAAGAAUCUAUCCUUAUCAAGUUCAAUUGUUGUUGUUGUUUAGUUGUUUAGUCGUGUCCGACUCUUCAUGACCCCCUGGACCAGAGCAUGCCAGGCACUCCUGUCUUCCACUGCCUCCUGCAGUUUGGUCAAACUCAUGUUCGUAGCUUCGAGAACACUGUAUCAAGUUCAAUACUGCCUGCUAAAGCCUAAGAAACCACAUAUAUAACAUGAAUGAGACUAGGCCCCUUGGAUAGCAUCGAACAAAGUGCUUCUGCUAGUGCAGGGACUUGGGGCUGUGCAGCGUAACUCCACUCCCUCUCCCACAGCUCUCCAGAGCAGAUUUAGGGAGGGGGGAAACCAUUGUGCUAAUGGAAGCUCUUCUUUGGAUACUGUUCAUUCUUCCCAACAGACUGGUUUCUUUGUGAAAGACUCUCUUGUUAUGUCAAGUGGUACAGCCCAGAUUUGUGACCUCAGGGACAAGUGGGCCUCUGAGUUAUGCGGCUGACUGUCCUCUAUUGCCCAGUAAUAUUGAAAACAGAACAUAAAUAUAUGGGCAGGAAGCCUAUCAAGAAAGGGUAUCUAUCCAUCGUGAAAUCACAAGCUACAGAACUGAUGGCUUACCCCCUAGCAAGUGCCUAAUGACUUAAUCUGCAGCAGGUAGUAACACAGGAAGCAGCCCUAAACUGUGGAAAUCGUAGGAAUCUACAACGUUAGCAUGUACUUGAAAAGAAGUGUUUACCUUCCACGAGCUGCUUUCCACAGAGAUGGGUUUCAGAAGAUUGUUGAAUGUCAUAGUGUAGUUCUUGUUAUUCAGAUUCUUCACCAACAGAUCAAAUGAUCUAGAAGGAAGAAGAGAUUAAUCAUAAAGGUCAGCCAUGAUCUAUCAAAUUCAGAGAAAGCUGACAUGGAAAGGUGGGGAAAUAAAUUGCUCUGCACCUAAAAUCUAGUAUCACAAAUCUAGAAUCACAUAUAAGACAUAACUGAAGCAAAAGAGCUCAAAAGGGAAAAACAACAAUAAAUACUACAAAGAUAACAGAAGCGGGUAAAAGUCAAGCCCAGAGAUAUUCGCAUUAAACUGGAAGGAAAUUAGUGUGACUUUAAGACACAGUAAAUAACAAUUCGGUGACGCAGCUGAGUUGGCUAGAUGCUAAUAGACAAGUCCCGUGAGGCAAAACAGCAAAAUAAAUUUGGGGGGGGGAGCACCCAUCAGAUUGAAGUGUCCAGCAAUUAACCAGAGCUCAAUCAACAGAAGCAAUUAUGGCAAGCAGAC